AUGGCGCGCACAUACGACUCGGCGCUCUCGCACCUCUCCUUACUCCAGUCCAACCGCGCCAUCACCUCGCUUUUCGCCCCUCCACCCGCCACACCCUCAACCCCAUCAUCCCCGUCCGCCAAACCCGCACCACAAGACCUCAAUGCGCUCGCAAUCCCAGAGAUGCUCUCCUGGCUGCAGCGCGCCGGCCUCUCUCCGGACUCCCUCGCACAACUGCGCUGCAUCCACGUCGCCGGCACCAAGGGCAAGGGCUCCGUAUGCGCAUACCUGACCUCGCUGCUGACGCAGCCCGCCGUCCAGCCCGUCGCCGGCCGCGUCGGCACCUACACGUCGCCGCACCUAGUGUCGGUGCGGGAGCGCAUCAUGCUCGACGGGCGGCCGAUCAGCCGGGAGCUCUUCACGCGCUACUUCUUCGAGGUCUGGGACGCGUUCACGGAAUCGGCGCGGGCGGAGGCCGCGCGCCUGGGGAAGAGCGGGGGCGAGAUCUCCGAGGACGACCUUCGGGGCCCGGGUACGAAGCCGUUCUAUUUCCGCUUUUUGACUAUAAUGGCUUUCCGCGUGUUUCUGGCUGAGGGCGUGCGUAGCGCUGUUGUUGAGUGCGGGAUCGGCGGGGAGUAUGACUCUACUAAUGUGCUGCCGGCGAGCGCGGUCACGGCGAGCGUUGUGACGCAGCUUGGUAUUGACCAUGUGGGGAUGCUGGGGAGUACGCUGCCGGAGAUCACGUGGCAUAAAGCGGGCGUGUGUAAAGAGGGACGUAAGUGCUUUACUCGCCGACUGGAGAAUGAAGAGGGCGCGCAGACAAUGAAGGUCCUGCGGCAAAGAGCGGCAGAGAAAGGUGCGGUCCUGGUUGAAGUCGACGAUGCGGAGGUAGAGGCUUGGGGCGGUGUGCAGGGAGACGAGUCAGGAAGCUUGGAGGGUGAGUUCCAGAGGUAUAACCAGGCACUGGCUGUUGGUGCGGCAAGGGAGCACUUGAGGGUGUUGGAGGGAGGUCCCGACAGCCAGGCAGAAGGGAAAUGUUCGGAAGAAAUCCCCGAGGGUUUCGUCAAAGGUCUUCAACAAGCGAGACUCAGGGGAAGAUGCGAGACUACGCGAGAUGGGAAUAUCACCUGGCUCAUCGACGGCGCUCACACAGCUGAGAGUCUAGAGGAAGUGGCCAAGUGGUUUGCCGGGAAGUGGAAGGGUCUGCCCAACGCGCGGAGGGUGUUGAUGUUCAACCAACAAGAGCGUGAUGCGGCGAAGCUGCUGGACGGUCUGCUAGAGGGUAUCAAGAAGCAGCAAGGGCCGCCGAACGAGACACUCUUCAACAGCGCUUUCUUCACGAGAAACGAGCUGCAGGGCAGGGCUGAUGGUGAGCCGGUGCGCGAUCUGGACGUACAGCAGGCUGCUGCGGAGAUCAUGCAGAGCUUUUGCCCUGAGACUACGACGAAAGUCGUGGAUAAUGUUGCGGAUGCAGUCGCCGAAGUCAGGGCGGCCGUAAGGCGAGAUAGGUCUCAGGUCGCGGUCCUGGUAACAGGCAGUCUGCACCUCGUGGGUGCCCUGCUGCGUACGCUGGAGCCGGAUGCGCAGCUAUAA